GGGUCUAUAUUCAUGACGAAUACUGAAAAAAAUAUGACACUUCUCGCUUCAAUUUUCCAAAGACAACUUGCUCCUAGUUCUCUGAAGAGAGCAUUUCCCCUCGACUUUGCGUUGAAUACGUUCAGUUGUGUCAGAGAUGAUGAAUAUCUCGUUCAAAGAAGAGAGAUAGAUGUCCCACCAUUUGCAUGUCGGUUUAGUCAUGCUGGUCGUGGUGGCCAUAUGCUGGGGAUUGCUGAUGAAGAAGGGUGGGUUCAAAUACUGGAUUCAAGGAGAAAAUCUCCAAAAUCACUGAUAAAAGAAUGGAAUGCUCACGAGAAUGCAGUGUUUGAUAUUGCAUGGAUGCACUGGGAGGAAUUUAUGGUGACAGCAUCUGGUGAUCAGACAGUAAGACUUUGGGAUGUCAAUCGUGAUGAUUGUUUGGCAGUGUUCAAGGGGCAUACCUGUAGUGUAAAAUCUGUGGACUUCAGAGAAGAUGAUAUCUUUGUCUUUGCCUCAGGUGCAAGAGAUGGCAAUGUUAUGGUAUGGGACAUGAGAUGUAAUCGUCGCUCAGGACACUUCUGUCAACCUGUUAAUAUAAUAAGCAAUGCACAUGCAGAGAAACUCCCUGGGACACCACAACCCCAGAAAAAGAAAUCAAGGAGAUCAGCCUCUUCACGACCAGUUACGAAUUCAGGGCAACAAAGUGUAACAGCUGUGCUAUUUCAAGGAGGAGAGAAGCUGAUAUCAGCUGGAGCAAUGGAUGGGAGUAUCAAGAUCUGGGACCUGCGUAAAACCUAUACCAACCUCAAAGCAGACCCAGUUCCUUUUCACACUUUUCCUUACCCAGGGCAAGGAGUAAGAAGGAAACAUGGUUUUUCAUCGCUUGUCUUGGACUCCAACCAUUCAUGCUUAUUUGCCAGCUGUACAGAUGACAACAUCUACAUGUACAGCUGUACUGCACUAGGUCAGGAGCCUGUGUGUACUUUCUCAGGUCACUUGAAUUCCACUUUUUACGUCAAAGCAGCUCUCAGUCCUGAUGACUUGUACUUGCUCAGUGGAUCAAGUAACAAUGAGGCAUUUAUAUGGAAGGUGUCAGACCCCACUGCCCCACCUACCCUGCUAAGGGGGCACUUUGGAGAAGUGACAAGUGUCGCCUGGUGCCCCUCUGAUCAAGGAAAGGUUAUAACUUGUUCAGAUGAUAACAGCUUUAGAAUAUGGAGAAUGGAUUGUAGAGCACAUAACAGUGAUAAACAUGAUGUAAUUGGUGAGAGCUGUAGAGGAACUGGCAUUGGAUCUCAUUUCCUCAUCAAUGAAAUUUCAAGUCCAUCAAGUUCUUAUAGAACACCAAGCCAUUCUCCCAACAACAGCCCUGAUUCGAAGAGAUUACUCUGGACCCCACCGCCAAAAGUCAUCACCAAUCCAAGAUUAAAUCAAAUCUCCAGUCCUGUUGGAAAGGUGUCCCCCACUCCCAAACUGCAGAACCCCCUUAACACAACCUCACCAAAGACACAAAUUCUUCCAAUGCAAACUUUGCCUCCAAAACUAUCUGCAAGUUUGCAAAAUCUGACAAGAGGUCCAUCCCCUCAAGUGGUUCCAAUUAAGGUCUCAAAUUCUCAGAUAGGGCCUUCCUCUGCAUUCCAGCCAUCACCCUGCUCCAGCCCUAAGUCACCCACUGUCUCAAAGUUUCACAGCCCAACUCAGUUACUGACAUCCUGGUUAAAAUCAAAUUCAAGAAAACGAUCUCACAGCUAUAGUUGUGACCAAAUAAAUCACCAGAUCAAGUCUGUUACAGCUCAGAAAGGCUCUGACUUGACACAGAAAGCUGCUGACUCUUCACAAGAUGUCACACAACCAAAUAAAACAAGCAAAACUAACAGACAAGAAUACAAGACUAAAGACGAAACUGAAAAUGCUCAUUUCAGUGGACAAAGGAAUGCUUCAGUGUCACCCCUGAGGAAAAGAUUAUGCAUCAGUGAUCCCUUAAGUUCUAAUGCAGGCCAUAAUGGAAAGAGAAUUUUGAAACAAUCAAGUUCAAGUCCUGGUAAAGAAAACAAAACAAUUAACAACAGUUCUCCUGGUGUAGCUACUUUUGCCAAACUGGAACCUGAUAAUAAGUGUCACCAAAAAUCAGAAGCAGCUGCCAAACACAAGAUUAAUGCCAAAGCUCAUUCUGAAAACUGGCUAAUGCAGUGGAGUAGUCAUCAUAAAGAAAAGUAUGGUGAGAAGAGUAAUCGACUGCCUGAGGAGGGAGGUGAAAACACCACAGAGAACAUAGAUAUAAUUACUAUGGCUUCUGAUGGGGAAUCACCAGCCAAUGGCUUACAACCACAAGGAGAAGAUAAAUCCAAGCCAGGAAAGAGCAUUUUGACAUAUUUCAGACCAGUCAGCCAUUCCUAAAAUAUUUGUCAGUAUAAAUUGACAAUUUGAAAAUUAUUCUACAUCCACAGUCAUCACAGCCAUCAGAAAUUAAGACUUUUCAAAUUGAAAAGAAAACAUUGAGAUUACAGAGAUGAUUCUUUUAUGCUAGAAAGUCUUAUUUAAAAGUGUUUUAAAGGGAAUUUACUUAUUUUUAUUGAAAAUAUCUAGCAUAUUGCACUAAGAUGUUAACAUUGUUCUUGCAUGGUGCUUCUAGAUUAUGUUGUCAGGAAUAAAAGAAUACAAAGUUUAUAUUGCUGCAGCCAAUUAAGUAAUAAAACAAAUGAUUACUUUCAA